CUUCCCUCGUAGGAGUCCUGCUGGCAGAAGAUGUAGACACAAACAAACUUGAGAUUCGUCUGGUGGGUGGCCCCAACCGCUGCUCUGGGAGAGUCGAGGUGCUUCACGAGGAUGUCUGGGGGACCGUCUGUGAUGACCACUGGGAUUUACUGGAGGCGAAGGUUGUGUGCAAGCAGCAGCUGGGCUGUGGGACGGCGCUAUCGGCCCCUUGGGAGUCUAAAUACGGGGAAGGGAAAGGCCAAAUCUGGCUGACCGACAUGAACUGCAAAGGGACAGAAGCUUCCCUCACUGAAUGCAAGGCGAAACCAUGGGGAGAGAACAUCUGCAACCACGUGGAAGAUGCCAGCGUGGAGUGCUCAGAAGUGGACAUUCCUGAGGAGGGACCAGUCCGGCUUGUGGAUGGCCCAAACAAGUGUGCUGGAAGAGUUGAGGUCCUCCACGAGAACCGGUGGGGCAGUGUGUGUGACGACAACUGGGACAUGAAGGAUGCCAAGGUGGUGUGCAAGCAGGUGGGCUGCGGGUCACCACUGUCAGCUCUGGGAGGUGCCCGCUAUGGGCGAGGGUCGGACAUCAUCUGGCUGGACGAUGUUGAAUGCAAUGGGACAGAAGAGAGCAUCUUUGACUGUAAGGCCAGGCCAUGGGGUGAACACAACUGCUACCAUGGGGAGGACGCUGAUGUUGUUUGUGCAGUUAACAAGAACCUGGAGGAGCCAGAAACACCGUGA